AUGGACGGCGAUCGGCAUACUAAAUAUGAUCCACGAGGCAAGUGUCCCUGUCCAGGCAUCCUUCCGCGAACAGCGAUCCUCAUCGUGCUUCUAUUUAGCGGCUUUGAAAGCUGCUUCAGCCUCGUUCUCAUCGUAUUCACACAGCAACGCGGAAUCAAGCGACCGAAUCACCCUGCGGUGCAUUCAGGUUCCUACUUUGUUGAGCACCUUCAAGAAACGAAAUUAGACGAGGACGAACAUACCAAGCCGCCCAAUCCACGACGUGGAUCUCUAGUUCUGUCAUCAGUCCCAGAAGCAUCUACCCCAAGCCAUGACAAGUCUCGCAAUGACGCACUCCUUCCCUCACCGAAAGCUUUCGCCAGCCAGCAUCAUCCUGGUCCAUCGCAAGCCACGCAUGACGUCUCACGCCGCAUAUCUAUCACGACGACCAGUCGACCUCGAACGACCACGACACCUCCACAAUCUAAAUCGAGCCAACAUGCCAAUGGCCAUUCAGCAGCAUCCACUAGCCAUCGUCCCCCACAUCGGAGAGCUCACUCAGAGGGCGUACACGCUCACCGGACUUCAUCACACCCUGAGGCCAGCGCGCGUCUACCGCGCUCUCCUGCUGAUAUACCUCUGCAUCGCACGGAAACUCAUACCCCGCGCCCUGAUACCUCCGCAUCGCGACAGAUAGGCAAUUCUUCCGGUAAGCUCGUCAAGUCAAAGCCCUCCUCGCACCCACGAAACCUGGCUGUUCGCGAUCCUCCUCCUAACAAGCUUAGGAAGCUACGCCGUCACUCGGACACCACUUUAUUGGCCAAUUAUCUCUUCGUUCUUCUAUAUUCUUCCCCCCCUCUCUUCUAUUGGGUAUAAGGAUUGAUGGAUAUAUGGAUGGAUACACUUAUUUUAAUCUUAUACCCUGGCCCACCGGUCAUGGAUUGUCCAUAGUACAAGUUAUUAUUGCAACGAGCCACUCUUCACUG